AUCAAUAAAGCAUUAUGGUUGUACACAUCUUCGGUAAACCAAUCAAGCACAAUAAGCUAGUCUCCAUAGGACUUGCGAAGGGGAUCUUUGGGAUCGGGUACACCACCGCCGCCAGAAUAUGCGCCAAGGUAGGAAUUUAUCCUCAAAUGAGAGUCAACCAAUUAUCAGAAAACCAAAUUAUGGACAUUAACAAAGAAGUCUCGGAACUAUUAGUUGAGGGCCAUUUGAAACAGAAGAUCAAUAACGACAUCAAGUUGAAGAGAUCAAUUGGGUCCUAUGUUGGUAUGAGACAUGCCUUGGGUUAUCCUGUUCGUGGUCAAGGUACUAGAAACAACGCCAAGAAUGCAAAGAAAUUCAAUAGAGUUGAAAGAUAUAAACUUUAGAGAAAUGGAAGAACAUCCACCCUCUCUAUCGAAGGAAAUGAAUGGUUUUUUCGUAACAUUUGUUCGUUGCCUUACUUGUACAUAAAUACAAAAAUAUUAUUAAUAAACGAAAUUUUAACG